AUGCUGUCUGAAGUUUAUUGUAGCAAAUGCAACAAUGCAUCGACGAGUAAAUGUCUCGGGUGUUCGGAAAUCUUUUGUUUAAAUCAUUUUUUGAGGCAUCGAGAAGAACUAGACGUCCAAUUGGAUCCGAUCAAAUCAGAUUGUGAUGACUUUGAAGAAAAAUUCUAUGAAUCUACCAAAAAUAGAGAAGAAGAAGAUCGUGCGAUGCAAUUGAUUGGCCAAUGGGAAGGCGAAUCAAUCAGACUUAUUCAAGAAUGUGCAAACUAUUGUAGACAGAGUUUAAACCGAUACCGAGAAGAAGUUUUCACCGAAAUAAAGUCGAAUUUCACUGAAAUAACUUCUCAAUUGGAGUCGUUUCGAGAAACUCGGAAUUUUCACGAACAACAUCUACGAAAACUAAGCGAACAGCUGGGAAUAUUACGAGAGCAACUUCGAACUCCAUCGAUUCCUACCAUUCAGCGGCAUUCACGAUUGUUCGUUGACCAUAUAUCACUUACUCUACCAUACGAACGAUUAUUCUCAACAAAAGCAAUUCCACUCAGUGCAAAAUGGAAACAAAAUGGUUUAACUAUUGCUGGAGGAAAUGGAGAUGGAAAACAGUUGAAUCAGCUUAAUCGUCCUUUUGAUGUUUACUUCAAUCCCAGCGAUCAAACGAUGUAUAUCUCUGAUACAUUAGGUGAUCGUAUUGUUCAAUGGAAAUACGGUGAAAGUACUGGAUAUAUCAUUGCUGGUGGGAAUGAGAAUGAAGACGAAGUCGAUUCAUUAAUAUGUGCAGCGUCAGUUGCUGCUCGGGAAAAUAGAAGUAGAGUGAAUUUAUUAGUGUCCCCAUCGUCAGUCAUUGUUGACGAACGAAGUGAUUCACUUAUUAUUUAUGAUCGAGGACAUAGUCGAAUCGUACGAUGGGAUCGUCAGAAUAGUUUAAUGAAAACGAUUGUAUCAAAUAUAAGUGGUAUAGGCUUAACCAUGGAUAUUCAUGGAAAUCUAUACGCAUCAGAUACAGUUAAUCAUGAAGUGAAGCGAUGGAAACGAGGCGAUGCGGUUGGAGUGGUUGUGGCUGGUGGUCAUGGAAUGGGAUGUGCUUUGAAUCAACUUAAUUAUCCUAGUUAUAUAUUUGUUGAUGAAGACUUGUCCGUGUAUGUCUCCGAUUCGAAAAAUGAUCGUGUAAUGAAAUGGGAGAAAGAUGCAACUGAAGGAAUGAUUGUUGCCGGUGGGAAUGGACGAGGAAAUACCGAGGAGCAACUGAACAGGCCGCACGGCAUUGUAGUUGAUCGUUUACGUAAUGUUUAUGUAGCUGAUCGAGACAAUUAUCGAGUUGUGUGUUGGCCAAAUGGAUCGCAAAAGGGCCAUGUUGUUGUCGGAGGAAAUGGGAAAGGCGAUCGAGCAGAUCAAUUAGAUCAAAUUCUCGGCUUAGCAUUCGAUCAACAAAAAAAUCUCUGGGUUACUGAUUGCGGUAAUCAUCGAAUACAAGUAUUCGAAUUUCUGAAUCCAGAUUUGAGCAUAAAACCAACUUGGUUUUGA